UCCUGGUAGGGCAAAGUCCUGAAAUGGAGUGGAAACUGGAGCGCACCGCCCUUCGGAGGGUCCGGACCGAAGAAGAGAUGCUGUGGGAGAACAUCAUGCAGGUGCUCUCCAAAGGCAUGAAGCAGAAGAGAAGUCAAGGUUCUCCCAAGAUGGAGAAGCAAAGUGUUUUUGCUCAUGAUCAUGUAGUGAAUGUCAAUGAUUGGCAAAGAUCCUACAAAGAGUCACUGAAGACUCCCAUCAAAACAAGUCUUGAAAGAAAUAGCUCUACUCUCCAUGUUUGCCAAGCACCUCAUGCUCUGGACAGAGGCUGGAAGGAAGACGUUGCCUCAGAAGGCCAGGAAUGCGUAAACCAGUUGUUUUCAACCCAGAAGGUGGCUCAUCAGGGUAAUGGGAAAAUGCAGCUCUGUGAGCAAUCCCAGUGUGUUUGGAAAGGCUGCAGAGAUGGAGUCAGUUAUGAAUCCUUCCAUGUUAAAAGGUUCAGUGAUAUAAACUAUUCUAUACUCCAACCAGAGCUGAAGAUUCAUCUUACUGGUCUUCGAAAUGACUACUAUCUGAAUAUCCUAGACUGGAAUGCUCAAAAUCUUGUUGCUAUAGCCCUUGGAUCUUCUAUAUACCUCUGGAAUGGGAAAAACCACAAUGGGAUUGAAAAUAUAGACUUAAGUCUCACUUGUAACUAUAUAUCUUCUGUGCGCUGGAUAAAAGAGGGAAACUGCCUGGCAGUUGGCACCAGCGAAGGAGAAGUACAAUUAUGGGAUGUGGUAACUAAAAAGCUGCUGAGAAAUAUGCUUGGUCACUUGUCAGUAGUUGGGGCUCUGAGCUGGAACCACUGUAUACUCAGUAGUGGGUCAAGACUGGGCCAUGUUUAUCAUCAUGACGUUCGGGUAGCCCGGCAGCAUGUUGGAACACUUCACCACAAGCAAGCUGUAUGUGCUCUGAAGUGGUCACCGGAUGGCAGGCUGCUUUCCAGUGGCUGUAGUGAUGGACUGCUGACUCUAUGGCCCCAUGAUCCAGGUGUGCAUGCACACGGUCAACCAGUAAAAGUCAUACCCCAACCUACAGCAGUCAAGGCCAUGGAUUGGUGUCCCUGGCAGUCUGGCAUCCUUGCUGUUGGAGGAGGAAUGCAGGAUGGACACUUACACAUCUUGGACAUAAAUAGUGGGCAGAGCAUCCAGACCCCAAGCACAAACUCACAGAUUUGUUCCCUAACCUGGCUACCUAAAACAAAGGAGAUUGCAACUGGCCAGGGUACUCCUAAGAAUGAUGUGGCCGUGUGGGAUUGUCCUGCUCUGACCAAGUCAGGUGGAUUUUUUGGCCACAGAGGCAGAGUGCUGCACUUGGCUUUGAGUCCGGACCAGACCCGAGUGCUUUCUGCAGCUGCUGAUGGCAUAGCCUGUGUAUGGAAUUGCAGCUCUCCGCUCAGCCCCUCUAGGCUUCAGUUUCCUCAUUUCUAA